UAUCUUCUCCCGCUAAAUACAUUAAUGGAGUGAACCAUGAAAGACUCACGAAAAUCUGUUGCAGAAGAAAUGGGUUUCUGGGUUUUAUCAUUUCUUUCUAGUUGAGUAAGUUCUUAAGCUGAAUUCUAUACCUUUUUAUUUCAUUUUUUCCUGAUAAAAAUGCUGUUUUUAUGUUGAAAUGAAGUGAAAUGUUACUCUGAAAAAUGCUAAGAACUCUAGUAUACGUUCUUAAUGAGCACUUCUAUUGUAUUAUGUGAGAAUUUUACAUUAUUUAAUACCAACAAAAGAUUACAUCUUUACAACAUUAGUAGUACAAACCCUAGUUCUUUGAUCACUUCUUCUAUGGUGUCAUCAUCAUUAAUUGGAAGAAGAAGGAAAAGAAAUUGUAUGUUUAUUACAAAAGCUAAGAAUGAUGAAAAAUGGGGUUCAAAAAAGAAAAGACCAUGGUGGAAGAAAUUCUUUUUAGAUGAAGAUGCUAAUUGGCUUGGUUUAGAAGAGAAAGAUUUACUGGAAGAAGAAGUAGAAUUAGAAUUCCCCACUGGUGAUGAAAAAUUAUCGGAGGAAGAGAAGUUCGAAGCGUGGAAGAGGAGAGCGGAGGCAAUUACGGAAUUACGCGAAGCACAAGAGGAUAUGAAAAAUGUGGAGAAUGGAAUGUGGGAAGAUUGGCUUGUUGAAGAUGGGCCGGAUUCUCAAGUUUAUGGUGGAGACUGGAGUGAUAUUAUUGAGAACAGUGUAAAUGAGGUUCGUGCUGAUCCGAGUGAAAUGAUGCCUGAAAGAGGCUUAGUUAAAACUGUAAAGGAUUUAGUUUUCGGCAUGGAAGAAGAUGAUUUAUUAUAUGAAGAUCGCGUGUUUCAGUAUGCCUCGUCAAAUUCUGCUAAAUUCUUGGCAGUGUUGGUGUUAAUACCUUGGGCUUUGGACUUUGUUGUGCAUGACUUUGUUCUCAUGCCAUUAUUGGACAGAUAUGUGAAGACUGUACCACUUGCAGCCGAGUUUUUUGAUGUACGGAGACCGCAAAAACUUCAAAUGGUGAAGGAAUUGAAAAUUGAGAGAUCAAGUUAUAGGCUUGAAGCGGAGAUUGGUAAAUCACCUCCUCUUUCCGAUGAUGAGGUUUGGUUGCAGUUGCGGCCUAAAGCGUUAGAGUUAAGAGAUGAAUGGAGAUUAGAAAACCGGAGAGCAUUUGCAAAUAUAUGGUCAGAUAUGGUAUUUGGGGUAGCGCUUUUUAUGCUUUUAUACUUCAAUCAAAGCAAAGUGGCUUUGCUAAAAUUUACAGGGUACAAACUAAUAAAUAAUAUUUCAGAUACCGGAAAGGCAUUCCUUAUUAUUCUUAUUACUGAUAUAUUUUUGGGUUAUCAUUCUGAAUCUGGUUGGCAGACUUUGCUAGAAGUACUGGUCGAUCAUUAUGGGCUUGAGGUGGAUCAAUCUGCUAUAGUCCUUUUCGUCUGCCUCGUUCCAGUUGUUAUUGAUGCGUGUGUGAAACUUUGGUUAUUCAAAUUCCUUCCAAGAUUAUCUCCAAAGGUGUCCAACAUUUUCCGGGAAAUGACACGUCAUUAGAGCUCACAUAUUGGGGUUUUAUUUCUCACCACAUUCCAGAAAUCACCAGAACAGGUUACCUCAUUGUCAAUCUCCAGCUUGGUGAAGUGGAGAGAACUAAAGCAAUUCUUCGCAGGUAUAACUGCAAUGUCAUUGAAACUGUAAAGUCUAUGUAAUGCCUAUAAGGUCGAAAACUAAACCUUUCUUUUAUAAAUUACCAAUAAAAAAUCACAAGAUUGUCCAUUUCUACAACUAUACAAGUCACAUUUUCACCUAGUAAUUUAUGGAAUUACAGUAUAUAUUUGAUACGAAA